UGGAGAGCAAGAACUAAGAAGCACCUCCGCAAGCUUCUUCAGCUCAUAACAACCGUCCAAAACGCCACGUCAUCUCUAUCAUCAUCAUCAUCUACGCCACCGUCACCGUCUGCGUCACGGCCGGCUUGGUCAGUUGACUCCUCCAUGGCUCUCACUAUCUUCGUCUUUUUGGCUGCUCUCUUCUUCAUGGCUUUCUUCUCCGUCUUCAUCCGUCAUUUUGCCGAAGAUGAAUCAACGGCUGAUAUUUCUUUUUCCAGACCAACUACAAGAAGAUCAUACUCGCCACCACGUCGGCAUUUUAAUCUUCCGAGGGGACUUGAUUCUGAGGCCGUACGAUCACUGCCGGUGUACCGUUACUCGAAAUCAGCGAAGCACUGGAUCGAGGAUUGCAUCAUCUGCUUGAGUAAAUUCGAAGAAGGUGAAACCGUUAAAGUGAUACCACACUGUGGUCACCUUUUCCACGUUGACUGCGUGGACACGUGGCUUAACUCGCACGUCACUUGUCCUCUCUGCCGCAGCAGCCAGGUGUUGCCGGAUCAGGGAUCGGCAGAAGCAGCUGUAAGGAGGUGUAGUAGUAGUUGUUCGAGUUUGGGGCAGAGGACCGGACUGGAACGGUCGUUGAGUCUCUUGACAUGUGUGUGUUUCCACGCGUAUUGAUAUUUAUUGUCGGUUGGUCCUUUCAUUUUUAUUGGUAAGUGUAAGUUGUAUUUACAUCAGCACGACGGUUAUGUUUAACUCAUGGCUGUAACUUUAUAUGUCUGCAUAACAUAUUUUCUUCAUAAACUAUUUCCUACCUAACGUUUGCCUUUGCUUUGAGAUAAUGUUGCUGUAAAUGAAAGGCACUAUGUUCUUUUCGAUUUUGUAAGCAGAUGUGUUGAGAAUGAAACGAAUAGUAUAUGACA